AGUUAGAUAGAAUACGGCGAAAUUAUGAGAGCCUUAGGCUUAGAAUGGGCACCUUUGGACGUCCCUCUACAGAGGCGUCUAGAAUCCUUUGGUAUACUACAAUUUAUUAUAAGUUUUCUCUUUCUUGGCGUAGGUUGCAUUGUAAUAAGCCUCUACGUACUCCUAUUUACAAAAUAUUAUUGGAUUAUAUUAUUAUAUGCGGCUUGGUAUGUAUACGACUAUAAGACGCCUGAAAAAGGCGGAAGAAGGGUCUCUUUCUUUCGGAAGAUGAUUUGCUGGAAAUAUUAUAGAGAUUACUUUCCAAUUAAGCUUGUGAAAACUAGCGAGCUAGACCCGUCAAAGAAUUAUAUUGUUGGUUAUCAUCCUCACGGUGUCAUGGCAAUUGGAGCUUUCCUUAAUUUUGCUACUGAUGCCACAAAUUUCUGUGAAUUGUUCCCUGGAAUGAAACCAGUUCUCCUGGUUCUGAGGGGUCAAUUCAAUUUCCCGUUUUUUCGCGAAUACUUUAUGACGACUGGAUCUUGUUCAUGUAGCGGAAAGAGUAUGGAAUGGCAUUUGACUAAGGAAGGGUGUGGAAACGUAUUAAUUUUGGUUCCUGGUGGAGCAAGAGAAUCCUUAGAAUGUAAUCCAGACAAUUUCAAUUUAAUUCUUAAAAAUCGUAGGGGAUUCAUUAGAAUGGCAAUAAAACACGGGGCCAAUCUAGUGCCGUCAUUCUCCUUUGGAGAGAAUAGAACUUUCGUCCAAGUGAAGAGCGAGAAAGGAUCCUUCUUACACGCAUUCCAACAUAGAUUAACCAAGAUACUAGGAUUUGGUGUUCCUAUAUUUCAUGGUCGAGGGAUUUUCAAUUACACGUUUGGUCUUUUACCUUACCGAACGUCAAUAACGACAAUUCUUGGUGAACCGAUAGAGGUAAAAAUGAAUCAGAAUCCCACGCAGGAGGAAGUUGACGAAUUGCACAGUUUCUAUGUUAAAAAAUUGAUAGACUUAUUCGAAACCCAUAAAAGUGAACAGGGUAUUCUACCGGAUGUACACUUAAACAUUGUAUAGGCCGUUUCAAUUAAGUCGUACACGUCAAUUUUUACUUGUUAUUUAUAAAUUUAUGAAUUACAUGGUUUAUAAAUAUAAAAUUGCCUAUAAUUUUGUCACAAA